CGCUUUUUGGCAAGUAUAUACUUGAAAUGGUAAAUGUCAUGAAAGGAGUUCUUGUGGAAUGUGAUCCGGCCAUGAAACAAUUUCUUCUGCAUUUGGACGAGAAGCUGGCAUUGGGUCGCAAAUUCAUCAUUCAAGAUCUGGACGAGAGUCACCUAUUCAUCUCCACGGACAUUGUGGAAGUGCUGCAGGCGCGUGUAGACGAUUUAAUGGACCGUAUCAGUUUUCCACUCCACGACAAAGACGCCUAAAUUCAACUCCUCCCGAUACAACACUAUACCACCCUCGACCUCCAACUAAAUCCAAUUCCAAACUGAAAUUUUUGA